AUGUCUUCAACAGAUACAACAGACCGAUCUAUAGCACCCGAUCGGGAAGCUCUUAGUUUAAUGACAAAAUUAAAAUUAGAUCGAUUCAAAUUACGAAAAAUAAAAUUCGUAGAAGAGUAUACUCAAAUUAUGGCACGAAUUAAUGAUUCUACGAUGUCAUCUUUCGACAAAGUUCAACUUGUAAGCAAAAGUAUAGAAAAUUUAUUUGGUGAAGAUGGUAAAACACGAUAUUUAAAAAAUUUGGAAACUAUAUUAACUAUAUCUAAAGCAAAUACAUCAACAACAAAUGAUUUUCUUGAAAAUUUUUUUCAAAAUCUAAUGAAAACUAUUGAAGGUGGUAAACGCCGUUCAGAAUAUAAUUAUCUAUUUGGUUUAAUUAUGUCACAAUGGCUUUCAAAUCAACAAGAUGAGUUUACACCGAUAGAAGUAACAUCAAAUGAUGAAAGUUUAUUAACAAAUGAACAAUUAAAAGUAAUUAUUUUCAAUAAACCGCAAUUAGAUUUAGAUAAAUGGCGUUAUUUUCUUGAAAAUAAUCUUUUAUCAUCAUCAGUUGAUAAAAAUCUUAAAUCAAAAAAAGCUUUUGAAAAGUUAAAAUUAGCAACAGAAAAAUUUAGUAAAUCAUUAUUGAUGGAAAAGGUAUCAUCAGCGGAUGUACAACGAGCUAUUGAUGGAGUUAUUAACGGAGGUUCAUUAGAUGAUUAUCGCAAAAGACUUCUCAUGAAAAUGCGAUUAGAAAAAAAUACCGUAGAUGAAUUUGCUUCAUCAUUGAAUUUGAUGAUAGCUGAUUUAGCUGAAUGGAAUUGGCCUAUAGAAGGUGUUCGUGGUGUAUUUCGACGAAAUCUAGUUGGAAAAUAUCGAUGUUACUAUGAAGAAAAUUUUCUUACUGCUAUUUUUCUUGAACAUAUUGGCUUAAAAUGGAGUUAUCAUUUUAAGGAAGAAUUGGAAUUAAUCUUUGAUUUUUUAACUGAAAAAAUCCAAAAGAAUUGUUCAUCAAAUUCAAUUCAAGAUGAACGUAUUAAUAUGCAAAAAAAUGAAUAUUGGAUGAGUGCAUUACCAGAUGAAUCACAUCUUGAAUUUGGAAUGGCUUCAUAUGCAAAUGUAGAUUCAGGAAUAGCUUCAUAUGCAAAUAUAGAUUCAGUUGAUUUAAAAGCUAAAUUAUUGUAUUUAAUCAAUGUCGAAAUUCAAUUACAUCAAGUUUUACAUCCAGAUACAUCAUUUACUGUCGUAUCUGCUGAUCUAGAAUGGUUUGGACCAUCAAUUCCACAUGAAAUAAUACUAAUAUUCCUUGAGUUUUGUGGAGUAUCACAAAUUUGGUUAAAUUUUUUCGAUCGUUUUCUCAAACAACCAAUUUAUUAUAAACCCGGUGAAUCUAUUCGUCAACGUCAACGCGGUGUACCUAUUGCACAUUCGAUAUCGUUUUUAUUUUCGGAAUUAAUGUUAUCGGGUAUGGAUCUUUAUGUUUAUCAAAAUACUAGCAUUUUUAAUUAUCGUUUUCAUGAUGAUUUUUGGUUUUUUGAUUCUCAAUCGGAUAAAAUUACACAAGCGUGGUCAUUAAUGAAUGAAUAUGCACAAAUAACUGGAUUAAAAUUUAACGAAGAAAAAUGCGGUUCAGUACAAAUUCUACCAUCGAAUAUAACUAAUCAAACUGAUACAUUAUUGCCUCAUCGAAAUGUCAAAUGGGGUUUACUUACUCUACAAUCAACUGGUCGUUUUGUUAUUCAGCGAGAAACUAUUAUCCCAUUUCUUGAUGAAAUGAAAGUACGAUUAACAAAUGCAUUAACUAUUAUUGAAUGGAUUAAUUUAUACAAUCAAUAUAUUGCAUUUUUCAUGCGUAAUUUUGGUAAAUGUGCUAAUAUUCUUGGAACAUAUCAUACUAAGCAAAUGAUCGAAACAUUUCAAUUUAUUCAUCAAUAUGUUUUUUCUGAAACUAAUGGUAAUGUUUUAACAAUUCUUAUGAAUUGCAUAGCAAAACAAUUUCCAGAUUGUAUGAUGAAUGAACUAUGUGAAGCUUGGUUUUAUUGGCCAAUUAUUCAUGGUGGAUUAAAUUUGAAAAAUAUUUAUUUAGAUUUAUACAGUAUUCACAAUCAAUUACUGAACAAAAAAAUGACUACUUUUAAUCAAUUACCAGAACGUGAUACUGAAAAAUAUGCUGAAAUUAUGGAAAAAUAUGAACGAGGAAAAAUUCAUCGAAAAGAUAAAUCUCUUAAGAAAUAUCUUCAUGAUGAUGAAACCCUGAUAAGUUUUGAUGAAUUUAUACAACGUCGUGAAACUCGUAUUUCAUAUUGGAAUGAUGUUUAUAAAGAAAUGCUAAAUAUAACUCCAUCAUUAUCACCUAUUAUGACAGAUCAUCAUGAAGAUCAUAUACAAUUCUUACAAAAAACAAUGACAAAAAUAUCAUCUGCUAAAAGAUAUUAUGCAGGAACGAAUUAUUACUUGAAAUGGUUAGUUUACUUUUAUAGUCAACAGAUUGAAUCGACUUUUAAUCAACUCGAUUUUAUUGAUCCUGAAAAUGUACCUGUCGGAUUAAUUUCAUUGAUGCAAACUACAAAAAUUAAUUGGAAUAAAGAAUAA